UAAAUAACAUAAAAAUGUCAACCAGCCGCCGUUUGGCCAAACGCUCAAUAAUUGGCACCAAAGUCUGUGCUCCGGGUCCGGACGGACUUUGGUAUUCGGGCGUCAUACAGGACGUUAAGACGCCCACACUAAUGUCCGCCGAUCCGAUGCCGCCGCCCACAUUCUUGGCGCCCGGCGAUGCGCAAUUGAAUGCGGAUACGCGUUACAUAGUUCGCUUCGAUUUCAAAACGCAAACGUUGCCCGCUAACGUUAAUGCUUCUUCUUCCGUCGUCGUCGCCGGUUCCGAGUCGGUUAUUGUCGAGACGCGUCGCGCCGCCGCCGCCGCAGCCGCUGCUGCCAGCGUUCACAUUAGUCCGGCUCAGGCAUUGCGUCGCAAUGCAAUGACAAAGGAGUUCCGUGAAUCCGAUCUGAUUGGACCCGGUUUUCGUUCCAUAAUGAGCAUUCAAUUGCAGCCGGGACAACGCAUCUUUAUCACCUACAAUGGGCGCGAGCAGAGCGGCGAUGUGGUCCAGCAUGAUGUCAACAAGGAUGAGGUCGUUGUCAAGAUCACCACAAUUGGCAAUGAGGAACCCAUCGAGCUGAAGAAGCGUUUGGAGGAAGUGCGUCUGCUGGAGUCACGUCGCUCCGCUCGUUUAGCCGAUCAGGAUCGCGACACGGACUUUGCACGAUUGGCCGACAUGGGUGGCGAUCGUCGCCGAACCACACACAGUAUUGAGGUGCCAUUGACGCUGCCGCCGUCGCACAACUCACGAAAGCGUCCGCCAAGCGACACUUACGACUGCAGCAGCGAUGAUUGCAAAGUGGACGUCAUGAAUGAAUGUAAUGCAGCAUUAAUUUUAAUGAAUCUACACAACUCGCCGAAUACGGUGUCGGACAAAUGGUUUGGCUCCAGCCCGGGCAGCAGCUCGUCGGCAUCUUGGAGCUCCGGUUCGGCAUCGCCGCCAUUGAGCGAUGAUGGCAGUGCAUUGCAUGGUCACAUAAUAUUGUCGCCGCACGAUGCGGCCAUUGCAUCGGCAAAUGCACGCAUACGCACAACAUCGGUGUCCACAUCGGAUGAGGGCAUUGUCACCGACUUCAAGGAGGAGCGCAAGAAGAAGGUGAGUGCUUGCCACACCGCAUUGCCACACUGCUCCACAACCACAUCCCGACUUUGCCAAAUGCCCAAUGCUUCGAAAAAAUUCCGCUGUAUCUGGAAGGGAUGCGGCACCGUGGAGCUCACACAAUUGAAAAUUGAACGACACGUGAGGGACACACAUUUGGGCAAAAAGGCCAGACGCUCUGGCGACUCAGAUUCCUGCAGUGAAAAUGAGCACGAAGAGGAGUUCUACUACGACGAAGACGACGACGACGAUGAGUCGACGAUCAAAACGCCUAGUCCUGCGUCACCGCCCACGCUCAGCCACCGGGACAUGGCGCGUCCGCCGCACGAGGAUCCCGAAUACCAAAGACAGAUCGUUGGCAAUUUCAAACAAGGACGCGCUAUGAAUAACUAUCACCACCUAACGCAUCAGCAAUCACAGCUACAUCACAGCAACAGCGGCAGCAGUGGUGCUCAUCACAUCACCAGCACACAGCAGCAACAGUUGCAGAAUAACAACACUAGCUGCAUACCGACAUCGCCGCUGGCGCAUCACAAUUACACUUGGUCAUCGGCGGCUGCGAUCACAGUGAGCGCUCCAUCGGCGACAUCCCACCACAGUAGCAGCAGCAGCAGCAGCAACAACAGCCACAGCCACCAUAACCAUCAUCAUCACCACAAUUCGACGACACUCAAUAAACACGCACGCUCAUCAUCGUCGCGUCCGUCCCACUCGACUGCGCCAUAUCCAUCGCCGACAUACGUCCAUCACCAUCACAACCACAAUCACAGCUACAACAGUCACAGCAGCAACAGCAGCAGUGGCAGCGGCAACAGCAGUCCGGUCAUACAUAGCAAUAGCAGUGCCAACAACAUGUUGCAGCAAUUGUCGCAACAGAAUGUCACAGUGACGGCGCAUCACACCAGCAAUGGCCACACACAGCAGCAACAGCAGCAGCAGCAACACCACCUGUCUAGCGUGACAAUCACGCCGAAUUACCAUCCGCCGCAGCAGCAGCAACAACAGCAACAUCAUCAUCAGCAGCAGCAGCAACAACAACAGCAUUUGCGCGGCCAGCAACAGACAACUGCCAGCAACAAUCAUGUUGCCAAUUCCGGCCAACAACAACAACAACAGCAACACAUGCCACUGCAACAUGUUGCAGUGCAACAAACGGUGAGCGCUGCCAAGCACACGCCCAAUUCACCAAAUCGUCGCACGCGUGGCGAGAACAAGAAAUGCCGCAAGGUCUAUGGCAUGGAGAAGCGAGAGCAAUGGUGCACUCAAUGCCGAUGGAAGAAGGCUUGCAGUCGUUUUGGCGACUGAAAGCGACAGAAAUCGUCGGCAGAGGCGGCAGCCCAAGCGUCGACGACACUGCGACAAGGCGACAUCGCAAAGGCAGGAGCAACAGCAACACCAUCAGCAGCAACAUCAACAACAGCAGCAGCAUCCACAACAGCAACAGCAACAACAUCUUCAUCGACAUCGACACCAGCAACAGCUGCUAAAAUGACAACAACUGUGGUAAGAUUGGCUGCCGAAGUGGCUGCUGGCAAACAGUUGCCAGCAUCGCUGACUAUCAAAACCAAUCGACGCUAUGGCGUCCACCACAUACAACAACAACAACUGCAACAGCAACAACCACACAAGUACAACGGCAGCAAUUGCAAUGCCAACAGCAACAAUCACACUAACAAUAUCAAUAGAUUUACGCGCAUCAAAAGUGUUGCUACCUCGGUGAUUGUAUCGCCAUUUGGAGCAGCAACCAACAGUAGCAGCAGCAACAGGCCAACGCCCACCCCCUCGCCCACCGCCAACAGCAGCAGCAGUAGCAGCAACGAAGAUGGAGGAGCAGGAGGAGGAGGAGGAGGAGGAGGAGGAGGAGGUGCUAGCGACAACAGCAAUGUUGCUGCAAUUGCUGCCGCUGCCGCCUAUGAGCAAGAACAGGUUGCUGCUGCCAAAGGGUUGCUGGCUUGGAGUCGAGCUGCAGCUGCAGGUCAGCAACAACAGCAGCAGCAACAGCAGCAACUGUUGCUGCAGUAACAACGUUUAAAUAUAGUGAAUGUUGUUGCUGUGCAAUCAGCUUGCUUCUGUUGUUAUUGUCGUAAAGUGUUGUUGACAAAACAAAAAUGAAAUGAAAAUGAAAAAUGGUCUCUUCUUAUUUACUCUGCAUUGAAUUGUGCAAAAAACAAAGCAAAAAGCAAAAACAAAAACAAAACAAAAACCUUAAACGUAAUGGUAUCUCUUUGUUGUUGUGCUGGUGUUGCCAACUGCCGUGCAAAUGUUGCUAACAUUUGCGCUGGGCAACAUUUGCAAUAUACAAUAAUAAUAAUUACAAAUAAUAAUAAUUAUAAUUAUAAACAGAAAUAAUUCAUAAUUAUUAUGCAUAAAUAUACAUAUAUAUAUACAUACAUACAAUACAAUACAUAUUUAUUUUAAAACCUGACUUUGUUAUUUCUUAUGUUAAAAACUAAACAACAAAAAACAAAUUCGUGGCAAACAUUUUUCAGCUGCAAUUCGUUUGGCCAGCAAUUUUAUAUACAUAGAGAAAAACAACAAAAAAAAGGAAAAAAAGAAAAUGAAAUGCAUAUAAAGAUAUGUUGAAAGUAUAGAGAUAAAAAAAGAAAACAAAAAAACAAUGAAAAAGAAAACAAAACAAAUCUUAAACAAAUAUACAUCUGAUUUUUUUUAGUUUGUAAGAAUCUAGUAAAUUUUUUCUUAGUAUUAGUGCAAUUUUUGUUCUUCUUCUUGCUCUAAAAAACAACAAAACAAAACAAAAAACAAAACGAACUCAACAAAAAGCAAAAACAAAUCAAAAUAUUCAACAAAUAACCAAUACGUAUAUAUAAAUAUAUAUAUUCAAAGCAUAUUAAUCAAGCAUCAACUUCAAAGAUAAACAAAAAGCGAAAUAAAACUAUUCAUCUCUAAAAAAAAGAAAAAUAGUGAAAUUACUUGUGUAUAAAUGAAAACAGAAAACAGUUAAACCAAUUUUACAUAUACAUGUGUAUUCUUAUGUAUAUGUGUGUGUGUAAGAUCGCUAAGAAUUAAGUAUUAAGCAAGAGUUCAUGAAUACAAAAAACUGCAAUACAUAAACGAGUACUCAUAAAAAACAAAACUUAAAAUAAUGAUGAACACAAGGAAAAUCGCUGAUUAAAUAUUAUAGAUAAUAAACUUAAGAGAACACCACGCCCCCAAACAUACAUACACACAUAUAUACAUACUACAUAUAUAUUUAUAUAUAUAUUUGCCGACCAUCUAUAGAACAAUUAUCCCCCCAAAAAACCCAGCCCAAAACAAAAACAAAAACACACACAAAAGCUAAUGUAAUAUAUAUACCAUAUAAAGCAAAACUUUAAUCUUAAAUGUAGUAAAAUUUAAAAAACAAAACAAGAAAC